AUGAUCGGCACCGUCGCCCCCAAGGCCCGGCGCCUGGUGGAGAUGACUUUCGAAGCGAUGUGGGCCGGCAUCCGCCAGGUCAAGCCGGGUGCGCGCCUGGGUGAUAUCGGCCAUGCGAUCCAGAGCCAUGCGCAGGCCAACGGCAGCAGCGUGGUGCGUGAGUAUUGUGGCCACGGCAUUGGCCGGCAGAUGCAUGAAGAACCGCAGGUCCUGCACGUUGGCCGCCCUGGAUGGGUGGACGGUGGUGACCAGGACAACAGCCUCUCGGCGCAGUGGGAGCAUACGGUGGCGGUGACGGCGGAUGGGUUUGAGGUGUUGACGUUGCAGAGUUAG